UUCAGGGAGUGAGAGUGAGAGAAAAACCGCGCCGAGGACCACGCGGUUUGUUGCACACACACACGUACUCUGCACGACCACAGACGAACCCCUCCUUGGAAUGGGUUGACGGAGUUUUCCUUCCUUACGCGAGCCACGUCCGUUCGCUCGAUGGUUCAGAUAUUCUUUUGACUUCGAUCUGAAAAGUUGUUGUCAUUAGAGCUAAUCUUCCUCUUACAACUUUGUCUCGAUUUUCGAGAAAAUAUUUUCAAAAAAAAACACAAGCAAAUUUUCAAAAUUUUUCCUGCAAUUUUGCCUUAGAUAUUAGCUAAAGAUAGUGCAAUCUGAGUGGUUAUUGUGAUUUAUACGUUCUCAGCUUUUGGGAACCCCACCAUCGACCACGGAGUUUAAGUACCGGUGCCAAAGGACUAUCCUGGAGCAACGACAAUUACGCGCGCUGUGAGAGAAACAAGUGUGACGCAGUGGAACAUUUGAAUCACGUGUUGUGGUGUGAACUCGGAACUAUUGAUUUAGCGUGGACACUUGUUAACCGUUGUUUAGUUUAAACUUUUAGUUUGCAUUUUAAUUUUAUCAUAGUUAUCUCAGAAGCUUUCGGUUAUCAGAGAGGGAAUCAGCUGCAAUUAGUGUAUUAGGGUCGCAUUUUUGUAAAAUAUUUUGUUAAAAUUGUUUAGCUACGCUUUAUUUUUAUUGCACGAAAUAAUUAAACAAAAAAGUCAGGGCUAGGCGAUCGAUCGCGCAACAGCUUUUCCGGCUUUUCCCGAGCAAUGCUUUAGAUGUGCCUUGUUGAUCUGCAACCGGUAAUGGAGCAUACGCCCGUUUCCUCGCCCACGCCGGUAACAAGUGGUGUGAUAGUACAGCAGCAGAGUUGUGCACAGGUAGACGAUGGUAGUGUUAGUGGUAUUAGCUUACUGGGGGGUGGUCCCGCGAGUAGCGUAGGUGGUAGUCUUUCCGACAGCAAUCUUAGCUCAACGACGGCGACGAUCGCAGCGGUAGGGAUUCCCCCGGGCGCCAUUCCGGUGACGCCGAUUCACCAGAAGCCGAAAAUCACCUCGUCGGCGGCCGGUUCCACGACCGCCACGCCGGUUAAAGGGGGCGGCUGUUUGGGAGUCGUGCAGCCGUUGACGACGGCGGCGGCCACCUCGUGCGUGCCCAGCCCGGUGUUGAGCCCCCCGAGGAAGAUCUGGGGCAGGAACAAGAACAACACAAUGGUUGAAACAGCUACCCCGUCCAACGAGGCUGAACUCCAGCUUUAUCGCGUGCUGCAAAGGGCAAGUCUGUUGAGUUACUUUGACACGUUGCUCGCCAUGGGUGGAGAUGAUCUCGAACAAUUUACAAGUUCUUCGCAGGAAUUUAUGGAAAUUGUGGACCUGGUUGGUAUGCAGUCGAAGCCCCUCCACGUGCGGCGUCUGCAGAAGGCGCUUCAGGAAUGGAUUGCGAAUCCGUCCGCUUUCCAGACACCGCUCGCGAGUAUGGACACGCCGUGUCGGUACUCCUACAGUCCCGGACCGGUUCCGUUGGUGAGCAACGUAACCGCCAGCUACCCUCCAGCAGCAGCCGCAGCAGCAACUCCUUAUGCACCCACUUCUAGCUUCGUGGGGAAUCCAUCUUCUAGUACAAACCUCCAACCGUCCCCGAUAGGACACCAGGCAUCCGGUAUGAGCAGUGUCAUCAACAGUAACGUGGUCAGUCCAAUUGGAUCGACUACGACCAACUCGUUGCAGCUGACUCCCAGCCUGACCGAGGAACAAAUCGCUAAAAUCACCGCCAAGUCCUUCCAGCUAGCCCAAACCAUUCCCCAACAGCUGGAACCUCGGCAACAGAAUGUCAAGAAGCGCACGACCCGAGACCUGGAGCAGGUGAUGGCUAUGAACGAGAGCGACCCCCGGCGGAUGGACGAGAUCCGGAAGUAUUCCGCUAUUUACGGCCGCUUCGACUGCAAACGCCGUCCGGAGAAGCCACUGACUCUGCACGAAGUUUGCGUGAACGAAGCUGCCGCCCAAAUAUGCAAGUACGUUCCGGCGCUCCUGACCCGCCGGGACGAGCUGUUCCCACUGGCACGCCUGGUCGUCAAGGAGUGCGGCUUCGGACAUUCGGCCAGCAUCCGCCUGACCGGACUGUGUCCAUCGCAGCCCAGUCGGCACGACGAGAUGGACCCGGCCCAGCAGAUGAAGCGGGCCCGCCUCUCCAGCGAAACUAGCUCCGACCUCGGAAAGGAAAACUCCGAUGACAACCGGGACCUGUCCUCAACCUCGCUGUACCAGCACAUGACCGGCGAGAAGCCGUUCGACCUGACCGACUCAAGUAAAUUUUCAUUCACUCGAUCCGAAUUUGAUGACGCAGAUUCUCGAUUUAGUUUUAGCAAUUCAAGUUCGUCACCAGUUCAAGCUGGAAAUGGAAUCGACCGAGAUCUGAACGAGCACGACUUCGGGGAGAACCUGCGCCACUCGGUCCGCGGCCCGUUGAUUCCCCACGAGAGCGCGCUCGGCGUGCAGGUCAUUUCAUCGUCCGGUGGGCACAUCAUUGCCGUCGCGAACCCCGCGCUGGCCCUCAGUCCGGCUCUCAGCGAGGCCAUCACCAUCAAGCGGGAGGCCAUGUCGCCGGAUUUAUAACGUGGCCACCGGAAGAGGACUGCUGCCGCGGAAGCUGCUGGGGGUGGCGAUUUUUUAUAAGUACGAAUUUUGAAAGUCUCACAGAUUCAUUCAGAUAGGAAAAUUAUGGUCAGAGUAAAAUUUUUGCUAAGAGUAUAAAAUUUGCACACCUAGUCUACAAACUUUCACAAAGUUUAGAAUAUUUUUUUGGAAAUUCAAAAUUACCGACAAUGACGACAUUUCGCAAUUGUGAGAUUCACAUUAAAAUUUGUUUAACGUAAAGACUGUUUCUUAGGUUCAUUUAUCAUUGUUUUUGUUAGAUGCACUCGACUUAGACUCAAUUCGUUCAUUUUACAAGAACACUUAAUUUUGAGUAAAAAUGAUUGCAAAAUAGUAAUCCUGAGACUGUGUAAAUCUUUUUUUCAGACUGUUUAUUUCUCUGUUUAGUUUUCUUUUUUUAUUAUUAUUGUAAACGUUAUCAAAGGGGUAUGUAAAUAAAACAUUACACAUUUAUAGCUGUGUAUAAUUUCGUAGCUGUAAUACAGUUUUAUUAUUGUGUAAUCGAAAUAAACUU